CCCCUCAGGAGUACGAGGCUUCGCGGCGGAGCCCUGCCGAGGAGGAGGCUCUCGGCUGAGUGACGACCCCCGGGCCAUGGAGAGGCGGAUCAAAGAAGACAUUCUGGGUCAGCAGUACUGGCUAGUGGUACAGCAGGCAUCAUGAGCAAGCACAGAGAAGGCUGUUUAAGGGGACAGGUUUAAAUAAGUCUCUUCAGCAGAGUUUCCUCACUGAUGGAGAAUUACUUCCAAGAAGAAGCUUACAACCUGGACAAGGUAUUAGAUGAGUUUGAACAAAAUGAAGAUGAAACAGUUUCUCCUACUUUAUUGGAUACAAAGUGGAAUAAGAUUUUAGAUCCCUCUUCUCAUCCAUUGUCUUUUAACCCUGCAUUAGCCAAUGUGAAUGAACCUACAGUUUCUAAUGAGACAGGACCACAGCUGAAAGUCUUCUCUCUGACUGGCUCAGCUCCCCUUACAAGGGAGGGAAAAGAGCCCUGUGUUAACGGGCAGGACUGUAGUCUAAAUCCAGAGAUUGACACGAUGUGGAUUGAUGAAAAUGCUGUGGCAGAAGACCAGCUAAUUAAGAGAAACUAUAAUCAAGAUGAUGAAUUUAGUGCCGUUGAAGUGGGAGAGGAGAAAUGUGGAAGCCUCACUUGUCUGCCAGAUGAGAAGAAUGUUCUGGUUGUAGCUGUCAUGCAUAACUGUGAUAAAAGGACAUUGCAAAGUGAUUUGCAGGAUUGUAAUGAUUAUAAUAGUCAAUCCCUCAUGGAUUCUUUUAGUUGUUCACUGGAUAAUGAAACUAGACAAACUGAUCAAUUUAGUUUUAAUAUGAAUGGGUCCAUGGAAAAAGUUAUAAACUCAGAAAAACAAAUGGAAGCUUUGAAUAAACCAAAACCAGAGAGGGAUUCUCUUAAUCAUCUCUGUGCUGCUUCAUCUAACAAUGCAACCAGUAUCUCUUCCCCUUCACAAUUUAAGGACGAUGAAAAUGUAGGUAGAGACCCAUCCACAUCUACCGUUACAAGCUUAGCAAUUAGUUCAUCCCAGGGAAUGGAUGGAGAGCCUGCCAUUAAAAAGCAAGAGAAUUACAUGUCAGAUGAGGACCUUUCUGGCGCAAACAGCUCUUCUAGGACAGAAUUAGGUAGCUCAAACUCCUUUUCCCACUCAAGUGAGGAGCUCUUAACAAAAACAGAACCAGCAGAGGAGAGGACAGCUGAAGACUCCCCCCCAUCUGUUUUAUCUUUGAAUCUCAAGCCAGAUACUCCUGCUUUAUCUGGAAGGGACAAUUGCAAACAGUCUUCAGACUGCCUUGUAUCUAGUGGAACUAGAGCUGAUGAAGAUGAAGGUAAUGACUCUCAGAUGACUAAUUGGAAACUAAUGAGGCUAAAUGAGACGAAUGACAGCCAAGUAAAUGAAAAAAACCAAAUGGUUGUACAGACUGGCCAGCCCGAGGACUCUGACAGUGGAGGAGAGUGUGUCGGGACGGCAGACUCAGAUCUAGACCUCAAAGGAGCUUGCAUGAAUGAAAGUGAAGGCUGUGAUUUCUCCACAGUUAAUGAUGCACCAGCAGCAAAUUCUCUAUCUAAUAGUUGUGAUUCCUAUGGAAUGCAGAGCCCAAUUGUAUCUUUUGUUCCAAAGACUUUACCCUCCAAAGAAGAUUCAGUAACAGAAGAAAAAGAAAUAGAAGAGAGCAAGUCAGAAUGCUACUCAAAUAUUUAUGAACAGAGAGGAAAUGAGAAUGCAGAAGGGAGUGGACUGCUUUUAAACAGCACUGGAAAUGUAAUGAAGAAAAAUUAUUUACAUAAUUUCUGUAGUCAAAUCCCAUCAGUACUCGGGCAAUCUUCCCCCAAGAUAGCAAACCUGCAAUCUAUUAGUGUUCCUUUUGGUGGUGCAAGACCCAAGCAACCUUCUAAUCUUAAACUUCAGAUUCCAAAGCCAUUAUCAGACCAUUUACAAAAUGACCUUCCUGCAAACAAUGGAAAUAAUAGUAAAAACAAAAAUGAUGUUCUUGGAAAAGCAAAACUAGGGGAAAACUCGGCAGUCAAUGCAUGCAAUGCAACUUUGGGAAACAUCUCUGUGACUGAUACAAAUGGGGAACAUUUAGAAAGUUAUGAGGCUGAGAUCUCCAGUAGACCAUGCCUUGCAUUAGCUCCAGAUAGUCCAGAUAAUGAUCUCAGAGCUGGUCAAUUUGGAAUUUCUGCAAGAAAGCCAUUUACCACCCUAGGUGAGGUGGCACCAGUAUGGGUACCAGAUUCCCAGGCUCCAAACUGCAUGAAGUGUGAAGCUCGGUUUACAUUCACCAAAAGGAGGCAUCACUGCAGAGCAUGUGGGAAGGUUUUCUGUGCUUCCUGCUGCAGCCUGAAAUGCAAACUGCUGUACAUGGACAGAAAGGAAGCCAGAGUGUGUGUAAUCUGUCACUCAGUGCUGAUGAAUGCUCAAGCCUGGGAGAACAUGAUGAGUGCCUCAAGCCAGAGCCCUAACCCUAACAAUCCUGCUGAGUACUGUUCUACUAUCCCUCCCUUGCAGCAAGCUCAGGCCUCAGGAGCCCUGAGCUCUCCACCUCCCACUGUGAUGGUACCUGUGGGAGUUUUAAAGCACCCUGGAACAGAAGUGCCUCAGCCCAGAGAGCAGAGGAGAGUUUGGUUUGCUGAUGGGAUCUUACCCAAUGGAGAAGUUGCUGAUGCAGCCAAAUUAACAAUGAAUGGAACUGCCUCUGCAGGAACUCUGGCUGUGUCACAUGACCCAGUCAAGCCUGUAGCUACCAGUCCUCUACCAGCAGAGGCUGAUAUUUCUCCAUUCUCUGGGAGCAUUACUCAGGUUGGAAGUCCUGUUGGAAGUUCAAUGAACCUUAUUCCUGAGGACGGCCUUCCUCCCAUUCUCAUCUCCACUGGUGUGAAAGGAGAUUAUGCUGUGGAAGAGAAACCAUCACAGAUUUCAGUCAUGCAGCAGCUGGAGGACGGUGGCCCUGACCCACUUGUAUUUGUUUUAAAUGCAAAUUUAUUAUCAAUGGUUAAAAUUGUAAAUUAUGUGAACAGGAAAUGCUGGUGUUUUACAACCAAAGGAAUGCAUGCUGUGGGUCAAUCUGAGAUAGUAAUUUUGCUACAGUGUCUACCAGAUGAGAAAUGUUUGCCCAAGGACAUCUUUAAUCACUUUGUGCAACUUUACCGGGAUGCACUGGCAGGGAAUGUUGUGAGCAGCUUGGGACAUUCUUUCUUCAGUCAAAGUUUCUUGGGCAGUAAAGAACACGGUGGGUUCUUGUAUGUGACAUCUACCUACCAGUCACUGCAAGACCUGGUGCUUCCAACCCCUCCUUACCUGUUUGGGAUUCUCAUCCAGAAAUGGGAAACCCCUUGGGCCAAAGUGUUUCCCAUUCGACUCAUGUUAAGACUUGGAGCUGAAUAUCGACUUUACCCCUGUCCACUGUUCAGUGUCAGAUUUCGGAAGCCAUUGUUUGGAGAGACUGGGCAUACCAUCAUGAAUCUUCUAGCAGACUUCCGAAAUUACCAGUAUACUUUGCCAGUUGUUCAAGGUUUAGUGGUUGAUAUGGCAGUUCGGAAAACAAGCAUCAAAAUUCCCAGCAACAGAUAUAAUGAGAUGAUGAAAGCCAUGAACAAAUCCAAUGAACAUGUCCUGGCAGGAGGUGCCUGCUUCAAUGAAAAGGCAGAUUCUCAUCUUGUAUGUGUACAGAACGAUGAUGGAAACUAUCAGACCCAGGCCAUCAGUAUUCACAAUCAGCCCAGGAAAGUGACUGGUGCCAGUUUCUUUGUGUUCAGUGGCGCACUGAAAUCCUCUUCAGGAUACCUUGCCAAGUCCAGUAUUGUGGAAGAUGGUGUAAUGGUCCAGAUCACUGCAGAGAACAUGGAUUCCUUGAGGCAGGCACUGCGGGAGAUGAAGGACUUUACCAUCACCUGUGGGAAGGCGGAGGCCGAGGACCCCCAGGAACAGAUCCACAUCCAGUGGGUGGACGAUGACAAGACAGUUAACAAAGGUGUUGUGAGUCCUAUAGAUGGGAAGUCCAUGGAAUCUAUAACAAACGUGAAAAUAUUCCAUGGGUCAGAGUAUAAAGCAAAUGGAAAAGUCAUCCGAUGGACAGAGGUGUUUUUCCUAGAAAACGAUGACCACCAGAACUGCCUGAGUGACCCUGCAGAUCACAGCAGACUGACCGAGCAUGUUGCCAAGGCCUUCUGCCUUGCCCUCUGCCCCCACCUGAAGCUUUUAAAAGAAGAUGGAAUGACAAAGCUGGGCCUCCGAGUGACACUUGACUCAGAUCAGGUUGGCUAUCAAGCAGGGAGCAAUGGCCAGCCCCUUCCCUCGCAGUACAUGAACGAUCUGGACAGUGCCUUGGUGCCUGUCAUCCAUGGAGGAGCCUGCCAGCUCAGUGAAGGCCCUGUCGUCAUGGAACUCAUCUUUUAUAUUCUGGAAAACAUCGCAUAGAUGAGGACUCCAUUUUUUCUGUUCAGACCUGUUGCAGCAGCAGUCAUAUCCAAAUCAUUUGCACUUUAAAACUGGAAGAUUAAGCUUUUGUUAACACUGUCAGUAGGGAGGGUAUGGGGUGGGAGUAGGACUUAGGGGAGAAGGGGUGGGGAGGGUGGUGGGAGACAAAUGUUCCAUGAUUCUAAGUCUUCUAUGCAUUCUCCAAGAAGACCUGGGCAGCUUCUUACUGCACAACAGAUAUGCUAUCUUUGCAGCUAACUCCCUUCUGCUACUGUCUAGACAAGAAUUCUGUUCCUCUCUUUACGAUUACUUCCAGUUAUGUGCUCAGAAGAAUGCUCACAGGGGUACAACCAUCAUCAAGGUCACAGUGGGGGGCUGAAAGGAAAUAAAGGACAAAUCGUCGCCUUUGCACUUCCUGUACAGAACUGGCGUGAAAAGAACGCUACGCUACAAUCUACAAUCGUCCUGGUUACACCCCAGCUGUUUAUCAAGGAGAAUUCAUGUUUUGAUUUGUGUUUAUUUGUUCAGAUUAGUAAUUGAAUCAAACCAAAGUGGUUUCUGGUCUGUUAACCUUGGAGGAACUCUGUAGAAACCAGGGCAUUCGGGUAGAGCAGCGGAGUGGCAGCUGGGGAAGAGUGCCCAGGGCUGUUUUAUUUACUGUACACUACAAGUAUUCUUAAAGAAAUCUCCUAAAACUCCAGGAAAGUUGUACAUGUAAAAAAGUGUCUUUUUUCUACAGCUCCAUGUACACACACUCACACUAACUUUUCUACAGCCCCUCGUACACACGCUCACACACUAACACUUUGCCCAUUAGGUUUGUCAGUGCUUAUCUUUUCCCCCUCUGUUAAAUUGAGGUAUUUCAGAUAAAGGUGCAUACAACCCAGUCCCUCACCCUUUACAGUAAAGUCCUUGCCCAAAUAGGACUUAAGUCAAGGUCAGUGUCUGGAGGCUCUAACCUCACACCUGCCCAGAACCUCUGUGAACCUUUCAACAGAGAACUUCCCAGUCUAGGAUCAGAUACUGCACAUAGCUUUAGGCUUGGCUUUAUCCUGUGUGGUGUGGAAUUUUUUUUUUUUUUUUUUUUU